AUGGUCUCCGUGGACCGCCUGCGCCCCCGCACUUACGCUUCCCACCGCGCCUCCAUGCAGCGCUCCAGGACCGACCCGCGCCUGUCCGUCAGCCUGUGCGACCUCCGCCUGCAGCCACAGUAUGACGCUGACUCUGACGACGAGCCGCCCGCCAGCUCCAGCUCCAGCUCCUGCCACAUCCCCCAGAACUCCCAGAAUUCCCAGCAGAGCUCCCUCCUCCCGCCGCACUUAGACACAGACCUCCACUUCCACCCCACCCACGGCGCGCACACCGUCAUCCUGGACAAGCACACUGUGGCCAGGCUGGAUCACCGCGGCGACCAGCGCACGCUCGUCUUCACCAGUCGCCCGAUGAGGAGCUCCGAGACCGUGUACGUGAAAGUGACAAAGGCGGGAGGCGCGAGGAGACCGGGCGCGCUCUCGUACGGGGUGACUUCCUGUGACCCCAGCUCGCUAAGACCCAGCGACCUGCCCUGCGAGCCCGAGUCGAUGGUGGACCGGAAGGAGUUCUGGGCGGUGAGCCGGGUGGGCGGGUACCUGCAGGCCGGCGACAUCCUGGGCUUGUCCGUGAGCGCGGCGGGCGAGGUGCUGAUGAGUCAUAACGGACAAAGCGCCGCCAUGAAGCUUUGCGUGGACAACUCCAGACCGCUGUGGAUGUUCUACGGGCUCCACGGCGUCUCGCAACUCAGGAUACUAGGUGGGUGGUACUUCAUAGAGUCCGGAAAUGUGUCAGAUUGA